CCAGCAUUCCAGCCCCCAGUUUCCAAUAACUCCGGUCGACCAGAAUUUGACAUAAUUUUUUUAACUGCAAAAGUGACAAGUGAUUAAACAAAAACAAAAUGUUCGUAGUACGUCGUAGCGCAGCGCGCCUCUACCCGAGUGGAAUGCAAUUAGCCAAGAUGAGCAACAGCCAAAUUGGCGAUUUGGGUAGCGGUGCCGGCAAAGGUGGCGGCGGCGGUGGUUCAAUUCGCGAAGCUGGUGGAGCUUUCGGCAAGUUGGAAGCAGCGCGUGAAGAAGAAUACUUCUACAAGAAGCAAAAGCAACAACUUGAACGUUUGAAGAACGAUCAAAUCCACCAAGCUGAAUUCCAUGCUCAACAGAUCAAGGAACACGAAGAAGCCAUCCAACGCCACAAGGCUUUCCUCGAGAACGUUAAGAAAUAAACACAGGAACCUAACGCCUAUAACACCACUAAACGGCUCAAAGUCAACAACGUAACAAAAACAGUCGUAGCAAAUGCUUUCGAAAAGCUUUCGCAAUUCUAUUAUUCUAAUAUAAGAACAAAAAAAAACAUAUAAUACAUUAUUUUGCAUUUUUGGUAUAUUUUAUUUUUGUUAAGUUUUCAAUGCUCAUAUACCGUUUGUAUUACAGUGUUGAACAUUUUAAAAAGAUUUAUAAAAUCGAAUUCUGAAUAAAAACUGUGUAAAUGCAAAAAA